UCUCUCUCUCUCUCUCUCUCUCUCUUCCCCUCUUCAUAGCUAUAUUCCAAAAGAGACGAGGAUGAACAGCUUCGACAGGUUCUACGGCGGCUGGCUGGAGCAGCUCCGCCACCUCUUGGACCAGCUGGCCGCUGCGCCCAGGCCCCCGACCACCGCCGACCACCACCACCAGCUCCAUCACCUGGUGAGCAAGUUCAUGAGCCACUACACGGAGUACUACCGGAUGAAGGCCCUCGCGGUGGACUGCGACGUCCUCUCCGUCCUUGCCGUCCCGUGGAUCACCGCCCUCGAGCGGUCGCUCCACUGGAUCGGCGAGUGGCGGCCCACCACGGUAUUCCACCUGGUCUACACCGAGUCGAGCAUUCUGUUCAUGUCCCACAUCAUCGACAUCCUCCGUGGGUUCAAGACCGGUGACCUGGGGGAUCUGUCUCCGAGCCAGUUCAGGCGACUUAGAAACAGGACAGUGAGUGAGCUGCAAUGCGACACGGUGAGGGAAGAGAACGCGAUAACGGAGGAGCUGUCGGAGUGGCAAGACAGUGUGAGUGACCUGAUGGUGGCGAGCUCGAGCAUGGAGGGGAAGAUAGGGAAGCUGGGGGCGAUCGUGAAAAAAGCGGACGACCUGAGGCUGAAGACGGUGAGGCGAGUGGUGGAGCUGCUGACGCCGCAGCAAGCCGUGGAGUUCUUAAUUUCCGCGUCCGAGCUUCAGUUGGGGAUCCGCAGCUGGGGCUUGAAUCUCAGUAAUGGUCCUCACUAACCUAAACAAUAGAACCGUGGAGUUCAUGGAGCUUGUCAUAGCAUCGUAUUUGGAUAGUCAUCUCUUUUGCAUGGUUGAUGAAUGUGGGGAUGUUGCUUGCUGGUGCUUUGCUGUGGAUUCAGCCAAGAAAACUCGACUGUGUGUUUGUCCUCCAUGUGAAUAUGACUUCGGGGGUGCCUCAUUCAUUCGAGUUUUAGCUUUCAAUGGGAGUUGUUUUUUCCAUUUUGUAACCUAAUCUUGGUUAAUCUGAGAAAAUUUUCUUUUAUAGUA